AUGCCUCAGCCGCCAACUAGACCAAAACGGAAAAGAGCCCUACUUAUUGGCAUCAACUACCUCGGCGAUCCCAAUCAACUAUUGGGUUGUAUCAAUGAUACACAUGAUGUAUUUGGAUUUCUCAACGGAUAUUUUGGAUUCCGGUAUCAAGAUACAAUCAUGCUGACAGACGACCAGGUUUAUGAAUACAAACGGCCCACAGGAGCCAACAUUCGUUAUUGGAUGAAAUGGCUCGUCAAAGAUGCUGAGCCCCAGGAUUCUUUAUUCUUCCAUUACGCAGGACAUGGUGGAAGAAUCAAAGAUUUCUCGUACAACGGCAAGACAGAACAUUUAGGAGAUGAGGCUGAUGGAUACGACGAAAUUAUUUACCCAUGCGAUUACCAACGGUCCGGAAUUAUUUCCGAUGAUGAGAUGUAUGACUUGAUGGUCAAGGAUCUUCCUGCAGGUGUGCAGCUUACGGCCCUGGUCGACGCCUGCCACAGUGGAACGAUGCUGGAUUUACCAUACGUUUACAACGGGGACCGUGUCACUGCUCUAGAAAAAGUAACGAGGAAGAAGGUUGGAGUGAUGGCCGCCAUGUCCGCUAGCGAAGUUGAGUUUGACCUUCCGGGCUCAAACAAUGGCAGUGUCACUACUACUACUACCACUACUACCACAACAACCACAAUGGCCAUGUUUAGAGAAACAAAAGGCAACGUAGUUAUGUUCUCAGGUUGUCGUGAUGAUCAAGCCUCUGCAGAUAUCCGAUACAGUCUCCCCCAGCCAUACACUAGACCUCAGGCAAGAGGCGCCGUCUCAUACGCCUGGAUCCAAUGCUUGUCUCAGAAACCAAAUCAGACAUAUGAAGAGUUGCUGACGGGAAUGCGACACUUUAUGAAGCAGCGAGAAUUGGAACAGGUCCCACAAUUAGGAUCUGGCGUACCUAUGGACAUGUCGACUGUAUUCACACUUUGA